UUAAGAAGAUAUCACAGUAUUUGCAUUACAAAGAUGAUAAUAAAUCUUGCAUGGUUGAUAUUACUGUGUUGCAGUCUCAUCUCAUCAUCACCAAAUAUCGUGAAAGCUAUUCAAUGCAAAUCAUCCUGUUAUAAUGUGAUAGAAAUGAUCAAACUUAAAGAUGGAAGAUAUCUGACAUGUAAAGCAAGAGGUAUCAAGCAUCCACCAAGACCAAGUAAAAACGAUUCAACAGCUGUGUCCCCACAAAAUGAAAAUUUGACAUGGUAUGUAACAAAAGGGACCGAAAAGAGAAUUGCUCUGAAUAUAACAUGGAGUUUAAGAGAGUCAUACAUUCCUAAGCAAGGAAAUUUGAGAAACUUCAGAGGAUUUUAUUUGACUGUCGGAUGGACGAACUUGGCUUUGCGAUAUAUAGCUAGAGUGAAAAUAAAUAAGAAGAAACUGAAGCAUGACAUCUUGAUCGAACAAAAUAAGAAUUCAACGGAUAUUUUCUUCAGUUACGAAUGCUAUGGUACAAAAUACCAAUUCAUACGUCCAAAUGACAACCUACAAGUAACUUACAGUUCUAUUCCACUGGCAAAAUGGGAGGACAACAGACAAACAAAGAUAAAAAUAAUCAAAAUUCCAGACCCCAACCAACACAACCCAAAGAAUAAAUAUAAGCAAGAGCAGACUUCCAAUCAUACAAAAAUGAAUUCAACAGAAAUCAGCCAUAAUCUGACUAUUUCAACUUCUUACUUUCAAAUUAGCAAAGAUGAUUACAUUAUUUGGUGACAAAGGAAAAAACCUCUGCAUAUACUGAUGAUAGCAGACAUCAACAACCAAAGAAACAUAGAGACGAUAUAUAAUAUGGUAGAAAAUUUACGUCAGGAUUAUAACCUCAACAUAACCUGC